AUGCGGCGCCUGCUGGGAGAAACUACUCUUGUGAAACACAAAACAAUAAUAGAGAAAGUCCGGAUGAAUGCCACCAGACUAGUCCCGGAACUGUCAGUUCUUUCCGAUGAUAUCUUUGAGGAUAUUGUUAUAGUUCUUUCCGAUGAUAUCUUUGAGGAUAUUGUUAUAGUUCUUUCCGAUGAUAUCUUUGAGGAUAUUGUUAUAGUUCUUUCCGAUGAUAUCUUUGAGGAUAUUGUUAUAGUUCUUUCCGAUGAUAUCUUUGAGGAUAUUGAUAUUGUAAUAGUUCUUUCCGAUGAUAUCUUUGAGGAUAUUGUUAUAGUUCUUUCCGAUGAUAUCUUUGAGGAUAUUGUUAUAGUUCUUUCCGAUGAUAUCUUUGAGGAUAUUGUUAUAGUUCUUUCCGAUGAUAUCUUUGAGGAUAUUGUUAUAGUUCUUUCCGAUGAUAUCUUUCAGGAUAUUGUUAUAGUUCUUUCCGAUGAUAUCUUUGAGGAUAUUGUAAUAGUUCUUUCCGAUGAUAUCUUUGAGGACAUUGUAAUAGUUCUUUCCGAUGAUAUCUUUGAGGAUAUUGUUAUAGUUCUUUCUGAUGAUAUCUUUGAGGAUAUCGUAUUAUUUAUGUCUGAACCGGCAUUAGAGUAUCGACAAGAGCCGGCACAAGAGGACAUCAGCCGGUGUCUUCACCCUUGCAUCCAUCACCACUGGGCGAAUUUCAUGAGGCAUUUGAAGACACCAUCAGCAGCAGCAGCACUCUCGGUGCAGGAUGAACACCGCUUUGUCAACGACACCUUUGUCGACGACACCUUUGUCGACGACACCUUUGUCAACAACGCUAUUGUCAAUGACACACCUGGCAACGACACCCUUGACUAA